AUGGCCUUGGUAUCAUAUUUCAUUGUCUUCGGAUAUUUGCUUCACUUGCCACAAUGUUCAGCCUGGAAUAGAGGACAGAACAAUUUAUCCUUUAAUGGUGCUCUCUUCUGCCGUCAAAACUUUGCACUGAAAACGGACAUUUUAAGAAAAGUUAAAACUUUCGGGGAGAUUCAAUGUGCGUUUGUUUGUUUGUCUGAAAACGACUGUGUCGCACAAACGUACUGCGACGAUUCGCCAAGGAGAAAAAAUCCCAAAGGAACAUGCUAUUUACAUGAAAACGGCGUUAAGAACGAAGAGAACAGUGCCCGUCUCGUAAAAAGCAAGAGAUGCACCUUUCAGCAAUACAUGGAUUUAGACGAGGUCUCUUGCUCAAGAAAAUGUCAAAAUGGUAUGAAGUGUCAGUACGACUAUGAUACCAGAAAAUGCCAACGCAGAUGUGAGCCGCCCUACACAGGAAUUGAUUGCAACCAGCUUCAAGCCAUAUCCUUUCGUUUCACCACUCUUGGUGCACAAGGUAACUCUGGGCCAAUAUCGACUGCUGAAUAUGUGAACACGUCACUACAGGGAACGGUAACACUCGACAAAGGGGUCCAGAUCUGGAGAGUGCCAUUCACUGCUCUUUAUAGGCUCAAAGUCGCUGGGGCUUCAGGAGGGAAGGCGUCAUCCUCAGGGGGAAAGGGUGCAAUCGUAGCAGGAGUGUUGCUGCUAACGAAGGGAACUGUGCUGCACCUUUUGAUUGGUCAGAAAGGACUUCCAGGAAGUUCUGGUGCAGGAGGAGGUGGGGGAACUUUCGUAGUUUCUAACAAAAACACGCUUUUGGUAGCAGCAGGCGGUGGCGGCGGUGGAGGUGGUCAUAUUAUCUCAGAAGACGGAGAUGAUGGUCAAGCGACCAAAGCUGGCAGCGUUUAUGGUGGUGUAAAUGGUUUGGGUGGAUCAGUGUGCGCUAGAGAGGACAACAAUGCAGGGGGAGGAGCUGGAUUUCAGGAAAAUGGCAGAUGUAGCCGCAAUGUGUCAUGUUCCUUAACUCCUCAUCCAUGCAACGAGUCCGGGUUGGCCUAUGUAAAUGGUGGUCUGGGUGGCAAUGGGAAUGGUGUUGGAGGAUUUGGCGGGGGUGGGGCGGCAUACAAAGAUUUUGGCGGAGGCGGAGGGGGUUAUUCUGGAGGGGGAGUGCAUGCCACGUCUCGGGGUUCACAGGCAGGAGGGGGUGGAUCUUACUGGCCCGAAGGGCGGUUGAAGUCAAGCAAUGAAACCAACUCUGGCGACGGAUACGUAUUGAUAGAUUUCAAUAACAGUUUAAAUUAA